AUGGCUAGUCGUAACAUCCAAAAAGCAGCUCAACAUGUAUUUGUGUUUGUUGCAAUUGGUACUAUUUGGUUCUUGUUGGGUUUCACUCGAUUUUUGAGAGUUGUCUUGGAUAUUUAUGUUUUACCCGGAAUUCCUUUGACACGAUUCGGAGCAGCAAAGAAUAAAAACCAAUUCGGUAAAGGUAGUUGGGCAGUCGUAACGGGUGCAACAGAUGGUAUCGGUCAAGAAUUCGCUUUGCAAUUGGCAAACAAAGGUUUCAAUAUCAUCUUGCUCAGUCGAACGGCAGAGAAGCUAACACAAGUUGCACAACAAAUUCAAAAAGCAUCUCCAGGUAUCAAAACCAUCACGCAUUCUAUCGACUUCAGUGCUGGUGACGAAGCACAAUAUGCCGUCAUCAAAGCAGCUUUGCAGGAUUUGGACAUCGGUGUUUUGGUCAAUAAUGUUGGUGCUUCUCAUGCCUACCCUGUUCCAUUUGCUGAGAUGGAAGAGGAAGAAAUGCUACGUAUUGCAGAAAUCAACGUCAAAGCAACAUUGCGUGUGACACGAAUCGUAUCUCCCGGAAUGGUUCAACGUAAACGUGGUUUGAUCUUAAACCUUGGCUCAUUCUCAGGUCAAUAUCCCGUUCCUCUUUUGGCGACAUAUUCAGCCACAAAGACUUUCUUGAUUUCAUUCUCACAAGCAUUGGGUGAAGAACUACGUCGAAGCAAUGUCAUUGUUCAAAACAUUAAUGCUUACUUUAUCGUAAGCAAAUUAUCAAAGAUUAGACGUCCUUCUUUCUUUAUCCCACUACCAAAAGCUUUCGUUAAACAAACAUUGUCCAAGAUUGGUCGUCAAGGUGGAGCAGCUGGUCGUCCAUCCAACAGUAGCGUUUGGCCUUCCCAUGGUCUGUUUGACUGGCUUUUGACAUCAACUAUUGCUGGUUCUCAAGCCCUUCUUCGUAUCAAUUACGACAAUUCUUUCUCCAUCAGAAAGCGUGCUCUCAAGAAGCAAAGCAAGACAAAUUAA